GCCCAAGCUGUCAGUGUGACUCGGUCCCUCGCGCCGGACGGCCGCCAUGAUGCGCUAACGAUUGACAACUAAACAAACAAACCGUGAAUUAAUAUUGUGAUAAGCGUAACGUUGAAGUACAACAUGUGGCCGUUGUGUUAUUUAAUUGGCGCCUUGGCGUUAGCAGCUGCUCAGAACACGGAGAGCAGUGGCGAGUUCUCGCCGGCAGUGAAGGCGACGUGCAAGACGGGCGUUAUGUCCAUAAACAUUGAGUUCAAUCAGCCCUUCAACGGCAUUGCACACGCGAGGGAGUUCAGGACGCCGGCAUGCAUGGCGACGGGCAACGGCAGUGAGUCCCUCAACUUUGACAUCAGCCUGAUGGCAGCUCCUGGCACGCCUGAAUACUGCGGUGUCUUUUAUAACAAUCGUACGGACGAACGGUCACUGCCACUGGCGGUGCGGGUUCACCGGACACUGGAGCUGGCCGACGACAAGUUCUACGUCAUCACCUGCGGCAAGACUGGCUUCAAGAACUCCAGAAAUGAAACGUCAACAGUAUCUCUGCGUAUGCUGGACGAUAACGGACGCAAGGUGUUCAAUGCUGCAUUCGGGUUGCAUUACACGCUUAAAGCUGAAAUCAGCAAAUCAGACGGACUCCACGGGAUCAGAAUGAAAAAUUGUUUCGCGUUCAACAUGCGGAACAACACCGUCGAGCUUUUAGAUCAACGAGGUUGUCCAUUAAAAACACAAGUAUCGGUAAAGAAUGAGAACGGUAUGGCAGAGUUGGCGAUUUCCUCCAUCUUCCGGUUCCCGGGAUCCUCACAAGUCAACUUCCAAUGCGAUAUUGGAGUAUGCAAAGGAAGCUGCGCGGUGGUGGACUGCACGAGCGACAGUGCGGAUCCUGGAGACGAGGAGGGCAGCUUCACCGCCUCCACAAGCGUCUUCGUACUAGACCCUAAUGACAGCAACGUGGCGGCACUAGCGUGCGCGGACGGCAGCGUGCGGCCGCUAUGGCUGCUGUACCUGGCCAUCGCCUUGGGCGUUAUGUUCCUCGUCAUGCUGCUCAUCAAUUGCUUCCUUUGCACUGCCAUGACAUGCUCCUGUGCGAGAACUGAUGUGAUUGAAAAAGAUCCAUCAGUUGUGGAGGAUUACGACCCCUAUCGUAGCUGGCAUGGAAGCCAGUACGGAAGCAGAUAUCCCUCAUCCACCAUACAUUCAACAAGGUCUGUGUCAGACAACAGCGAUCACUACGCAAUAGUUCAAUCGCGACCGGGCAGUAGGCAUUCCGGCAUGCACAGGAGUAGACAUUAAACGGUAACUUGAAAAUUAUUGGCACGAAUAUAUCGGAGUGAAUGUUUCAAACCUAUACGUGUAAAUACUAAUUUCUAGUUUAUUGCACGCUUUGUAACUGAAUUAGGAUAUGGUUCCUCAAAAUUUUAUAUAUGAUUAUUAUUUCUGAAUUCUCAAAUAAUCAAAUAAGGUGCUUAUACUUUAUUAGAGAUUGUAAUACGAUAAAAAAAUGAAUUUUAUAGGUACCGUUUCUUUUUCUGUGAAUGAAUUUCAUGUGUGCCAUUUAAUUCCCAUGAAAGAAUAAGAUCUUUUUAUUUAAAAUAAUCUUGAAUGUUUAAUUAAACUUUCAUAAUUGUAAACUGAAAAACGCAACGAAUCCGUCCGAAAUUAUCUCAAUGAAUACCUACAUAUUCUUAAAAUUUAUAUUUUUGUAUUUAAUAAUAAGUAAGAAAUUAUAAAAAAAAAAACUUAAAUAGAGAAAGUCGUAAUUUACUAAGUGAUAACUAUUUUAUUAUAAACUUACAAUACAAGUAAAUAGAGUAUAUUUUAUACAUAAACUAAAUUACUAUUUUCCUUCAUUGUUAUAUAUUAUGUAUUGUUAAGUGUAUGCUGAGGUAUAUCUUAGUAGUAAAUUUUUCAGGCUUAAUAAUAUUAAUUUUAUGCUACUAUUUUAUAAGUGAUGUGAUAUUUUCUUUUCAAAUGUAAGAGCAUUCAGCAGCAAGUUUCUCGAACCAAUAGAUAAUUUAGUAACUGCGAACAAUAGCCCGAUAAAUAAACAAUUUCUUGUGUUCGAAAUAAACAAAACAAACUUUUUAUGAUUUAUUUUACUGUUAUAUAAUUUACUACUUUUAUAUGAAAUCCUGAAUAUUAAUAGUGGAUCGUGAUACUAAAAUGCUCAGGCGAGACAAAUUAGCUUUGUCAAAAUUUUUGUGACGUGUUUAAGUUACUAUAACGGUCGAUUUCCACUGCUACUAUUGCACUGAAACAUAUAUAUAAAACUUACCAUACAAUUGUCAACUGUUGUAUUCUUUUUGAAGUAGAUAUAAAAAAUGUUUUGUACAGGUGGUCUUCAAAUAUAAGUUAAAAGUUUUUGAUCGUCUAAGAUUUAAUAAAC